AUGCCCCCCGUCAUAUCAUCGGAAUCGGAAUCGGACGAAGAUGAAGAUACAAACGUGGUUAACUUAUCCACCAAGAAAUCAAGAACUUUGAAAAGAAAGGUCCAUUUCGAUAAUGACGAAGAAGAAGAAGACCAAGAAGAAGGAGAAAGUACAAAGACACCUUCUAAAGUAGCCUCUGUAACUCCAAUUGAAGUGCUUGCAAAAGAUAAUCACCCUCAGAGUAAAGAUGAAACUGGAACCGUAGUUAGUAAUAAAAUCCAAAGUAGUGCCACUAGCAGCCACAGUAGCAGCAGCAUCAGCAUCAGCAAUCAGAAAAGGGAUAAGCAAAGUUCAAGGAAAAUGAUGAAAAAGAAGAAGGCAUCAAAUAACCAAAAUCUAUUAGGUGCAAGUGGUGGGUACGCAUGGGAAGAUGAGAUUAAGAGAAGUUGGGAUUUAGUCACUGUGGAUGAAGAAAAUGAUAUGGCUUCAUUAGUUGCUAGUAUCAUUGAAGCAAGAAAGAAACGUACUGCCAAAAAAAUAGUUACUCCAUAUCAAAGAGGUAUCAUUAGAACUUUAAUAUUAACAUUGGAUUGUAGUGAAUCUAUGGCAGAAAAGGAUCUUAGACCAAAUCGUCAUGCUAUGAUGAUUCAAUACGCUAUAGAUUUCGUUCAUGAAUUCUUCGAUCAAAAUCCAAUCUCUCAACUAGGAAUAUUAGUAAUGAAAAAUGGAUUGGCUCAUUUAGUCAGUCAAGUUGGAGGGAACCCACAAGAUCAUAUUGAUGUAUUAAAAUCAAUUAGGAAACAAGAACCUGCAGGUAACCCAUCUUUACAAAAUGCUUUAGAAAUGGCAAGAGGUUUAUUAUUACCAGUACCAGCACAUUGUACUAGAGAAGUCUUAAUAAUAUUCGGAAGUUUAUCAAGUACUGACCCGGGUGAUAUUCAUCAAACAAUAAACUCUCUAGUGCAAGAAAAAAUCCGUGUUAAAGUCAUCGGGUUAUCCGCACAAGUGGCCAUAUGUAAAGAAUUAUGUAUGGCAACAAACUAUGGAGAUGAUUCCUUUUAUAAAAUUUUGCUAGAUGAAACGCAUUUUAAAGAAUUAUUUGACGAAGCAGUGACUCCAUUACCAGUUAACAAGAUAAAUAAAGGUUUUACUUUGGUGAAAAUGGGAUUUCCAACAAGGAUAUUUGAAGAUUCACCAACUUUUUGUUCAUGUCAUUCUAAAUUAGUAUAUGGAGGUUAUUUCUGUCCUAGUUGUCAUAGCAAAGUUUGUUCAUUACCAACAGUUUGUCCAUGUUGUGAUCUUAUGUUGAUCUUAUCUACUCAUUUAGCAAGAUCUUAUCAUCAUUUAAUGCCCUUGAAAACUUUUCUGGAGGUUCCUUCAAAUGAAACGUUUCCAACAGAAAAUUGUUUCAGUUGUCAAUUGAAAUUUCCAACUUUGAAAAAUCAAAGGAAUGGAUCAUUAUUAACAAGUUCACGAUAUAGAUGUUCAAGUUGCCACAGUGAUUUUUGCAUCGAUUGUGACGUUUUCAUUCAUGAAAUUCUUCAUAAUUGUCCAGGUUGUGAAUCUAAACCAACUAUUGCAUAG